AUGACUCAACAAGAUGAGCUCGAUCAAAUUAAAUCAAAAAUUCAAGAGCACUUGGUUGCCUCAGGAAACUAUGACCUUAUAAAUAAACAACUCAAACUACAAUUGUACGAGAGUGGAUGGUACGACAAAGUGGCGCAGAUUGCCAAUGAAAGGCUCAACGAAGGUGGUGAUAAAAAGAAGUUGGAGACGAAAAACUUGAAUGAUUUGUAUGCAUACGUUAGGCCGAAAGCAGAGGAAUCAGUACCUCCGGAAGUGAAGGAGAAUAUAAAGAAGAAAAUUGAGGAAUAUUUGGAUGGAAUUAUACAGUGA